UAGCAAGCAUGUUUGGCGAGAAGGGAAUUUUAACCAAAGCCUUACAUUUUCUCUAUGGAGGACAGAAGAGAGUUUCAGUUAAAUUUCAGGACUUUAGAAAAUCCUUGAAGAUGCCUCUCUUUGGAAACACUUUCAGUCCGAAGAAGACUCCCCCUCGUAAAUCUGCAUCUCUGUCCAGCCUUCAUACGCUGGAUCGUUCAACAAGAGAAAUAGAACUUGGCCUGGAGUAUGGACCUCCAGCAAUGAACAUUGGAGGACAAAGCUGGAAAUUUGAAGAUGGGCAAUGGAUUACAGAAUCUCUUGGAACUACAUCCGGGAGAGAAUUGCAGCGGCUAAAAAAGAGAAAUAUUCAACUAGAAGAGGAAAAUAACCUCCUGAAACUGAAGAUUGAAGUUCUCCUGGACAUGCUUACUGAAACUACAGUAGACUACCACCUAAUGGAGAAGGAAAUUGAAGAUAUAAAGACUCAGCAUCGAAGAAAAAAAUGACAGAUUUAAUUUGGUCUCUCUGUGAAAAGAUACAAUUAAAGUUGUAGAAUCUUUGUAUUUACUGAUAAUUAAAUGUUUGAUAAUAUAAAAAAAUGAUUUUUUUUAUCACAAUGACGAUAUGUCAAAAAACAGUUCCUCGUCUUUAUUCUGUGCUGCAUGUGAUUGUGUCUGAAUCCAUCAAAAAUCCCUCUCCAACAUGUAUUCAAAUUUUUACAAGCUGUACAUGGCUGUUGUCUUUAAAAACUGUAUCCAGCAUAUUGUUUUUGUACUUGCUGUGUUUCUUUGUUUGCAAACAGUAAAUUCAAUGUCUGUAAAAAAUGCUUUUUAUUUAUGAUUCAUAUUUUUUUAUUCAUAACUCCUCCUCCUUUUGUGAGAGUAGGAAUCUUCUUCUAUGUUC